ACUCCGCGAUUGCUAUGAGCCCCGAACCUCUUUGCUGAAGUUUUCUUCUCUGUCAGCCAUUCGAGAGCAUGGUGCAAGCGCAGAAUGGCGCCAGCGGCGAUCGCUGCGUCGAUGAUAUCGAAGAUCUGGAUUUCGGGAAUUUCCCUCGCCCUGAGCCCCGCGGUCAAGUCGUCCCGAAAAUAAUCCGUAAAGCUCCGACCAAAGACAAGGAGGAAUUUCACGGAGACAGUUUUGUGCCAGGUCAUCAGAAAAUCUAUGUCAAAACCUGGGGUUGCUCGCACAACUCUUCGGACUCCGAGUACAUGGGCGGAAUGCUGUCAGCUGCUGGCUACCCUAUCGUGUCGAACAAGGAUGAAGCAUCCUUGUGGUUGCUGAAUAGCUGCACAGUCAAGAAUCCCUCGGAAGAACAUCUGAAAAAUUCUAUCAGAUCGGCCCUGAGCCAGAAUAAAAAAGUUGUUGUGACCGGAUGCGUUUCUCAAGCUGAGCCGAAGGCCGAAUUCCUCCAGGGUCUGAGCAUCGUGGGAACGCAUCAGAUCGACCGAGUAGUCGAAGUCGUGGAAGAGACCUUGAAAGGGAAUUCCGUGCGAUUGCUCGGCGCCAAAUCGGUCAAGGGGAAGAAGCAAGGAGGAGCGAAGCUGAGUCUACCCAAAAUCCGGAAGAAUCCAUUGGUCGAAAUUCUGGCCAUCAACACGGGCUGUCUGAACCACUGUACUUACUGCAAGACCAAGAUGGCCCGGGGGAACCUGGGGAGCUAUCCCAUUGAGGACAUCGUGGAACGCUGCAAGCAGAGCUUCCAAGAAGGAGUCAAGGAGAUCUGGAUGACGAGCGAAGAUACAGGAGCCUACGGUCGAGACAUUGGUUUAACGCUGCCGGAGCUAUUGAGAGAAGUUGUCAAGGUUAUACCUGAAGGCUGCUACCUCCGGCUAGGAAUGACAAAUCCACCUUACAUUAUGGAUCACCUCGAAGACAUGGCUGAAAUCUUAUCUCAUCCUCGAGUCUACUCAUUCCUCCACAUACCCGUGCAGAGCGGGAGUGAUCCAGUACUGAAAGAAAUGCGCAGAGAAUACACUCGAGAACAAUUCUGUCAGGUCGUUGACUUCCUGCGAGAUCGCGUUCCAGGCAUAACUAUCGCCACCGACAUUAUUUGCGGUUUCCCCACGGAGACCGAGGAAGAUUUCGACGAUACCAUGUCUCUGUGUGCGAAGUACGAGUUCCCUUCGCUCUAUAUAAAUCAGUUCUACCCGCGGCCAGGGACGCCGGCGGCGAAACUGAAGAGAAUACCUACGGAGAUAGUGAAGCACCGGACUCGGCGGCUCACACAAUUGUUCGAUAGCUACUCGCCGUAUAAGGAUCGAAUAGGCAAAGAAUACGAUAUUCUCGUCACAGAAAUAGCCGCCGACAAAACCCACCUCGUCGGCCAUAACAAAUUCUACGAACAAAUCCUCGUACCUCAGAGAGCCGGACUUCUCGGCUCGACGGUUCGUGUGAGAAUAGAAGAAUAUGGGAAGCAUUUCAUGAGAGGGAGGAUCCUUGAACCCUCGAGGGGUUUGACGUUGGUUCCGAUUAUUUGCCUGCUCCUGGCAGUCAUCACGGCCUUUCUCCGUCUGAAUACUGUUUACAAUAUUUACACUUAGUUAGGGUUGUUUGCAAUGCUACUGGUACGACAGGGAAUCGCA